AACCCAUGUCAGAAGAACUCCAAAAGGUACCACCUUCUUCUAUAAAUCUCCAACUCGGUCGCCUCUCUCUCUCCCAAUCAUCAUCAACUUCAUCAUCAUCACCCCUGAAGCAUCUUCUCUUGCUCACAUCAAUGGCCAAUCUCAAAUCCUUAAUGAUCUGUGCAGUCCUGAUCGCGAUCGCUGCCGCCGCCGCCGCCCAGUCGAGCGAGGUUGGCCAGACGCACCUCGGGUUCGUGCCCGCCACUGUCGGGUCGCAGUGCACGGGCUCUCUCGCCGAGUGCCUGUCUGAGGAGGAGGAGUUCGCGAUGGACUCCGAGUCGAACCGGCGCAUCCUGGCGACGACCAAGUACAUCAGCUACGGCGCGCUGCAGCGGGACAGCGUGCCCUGCUCCCGCCGUGGCGCUUCGUACUACAACUGCAAGCCGGGGGCUUCCUCCAACCCGUACUCUCGCGGCUGCAGCACCAUCACGAGGUGCAGGAGCUGAAACCGGAGAAUUCGCAUCGAUCAUUCUCUGCCUGUACUACUUUUUUUUUUUCUCUUUUGAAGAAAAAUUUUACUUUGUGAUUUUGAUGGGUUAUACAUAUGGAGAGAUAAACGGGCUUUGGUGGUGACAUAUCUUGAUUGUUUGUUCCUUCGAUGAUGAAAAGGUCAUUGUAACAGAAGUUGUGUGCUCUUGGGUCUUGAGAAUUUGACUCUAAUAUACUGAAACGAAAUAAAGAUAACGAGGGAAGGAGAUUUGUUCUUGA